GUUUAAAGCGUUUGCAAAUUGAUACAGAACAUCGGUGGAGAAUCUUGAUGUUCAGAAUGUAUCGGAUCACCCGCUCAAUUCAGAUCCGUGGAUGCUCCUGGAGAUCAGAGUCCACACGGUCACCAGAUUUCGUCCAGCACACAUACGCUUCAUGAACGUCGAGGCGAUCUUGCAAUGGGACCCUUGGUCCCUAGAGCGAAAGGAUAUGCCAACUCAAAUCGACCGUUUUGUCUUCCUGCGCGAAGGUAGCGUAGCUGUGCUGAUAAUCUUGCGGCCCAAAGAAGCAAGGCACGAGCUCUACGUCCUGAUGACCGAACAGCCGAGAAUGCGGGAUGAGGUUUCUCGAAAUUCCGGCAGGCAUGAUGGACGACAACGACGACGUCGUGCUAGCCGCAAUGAAAGAGAUCAAAGAGGAGACCAAGUUCGAGAUCCACCGCGAGGAGCUCAUUGACAUGACUGCGCUCGCCCUCGGCCAGCGCAAGAGCCGGGACGUGCUGCAGCCGGUGAUGUACCCCAGCCCAGCAAACCUGGACGAGCACAUAUCGCUCCUAUUGUGGGAGAAAGAACUCGAUCGGAAAGAGAUUGAAGACCUGAAGGGCCAAUUGACGGGCGUGAAGUCGCAAGAUGAGACGAUCACGCUUCGACUCUUCCCGUACGAGGUGCUGUGGAAGGAGGGUGCCAGGGACGCGAAGACGUUGGGCGCCUGGGCUCUCUACGAGGGCUUGAACCGCACUGGUCAGAUCCAGCGGAAGCUGGAUGAGAUUCGCAUGGGGGAAUUCCAAAAGGAACGUGCCAGAUGA